UCCACUCGGAAGGCGAGGAGGGGGAGAACAGCCGUUCCGCGUGUGCAGACCCCCCCCUUCCAACCUACCGGCUCCAUCCGCUGCGCUCCGGGCUCGAUCUGGGUGGGGGUCCCCGCAUUCCCCGCAUUGAAGCUGGGGAAACGCUCGGGAAGGGGGGGGGCUCAUCAAUCUCGACCCCCCCCAUGUCACCUGGAAUGGUACGCUCCGCCCAAACUUCCCAGGUGGUUUUAACACGCGCGUUGGGAUCCUCCAAGAAUGAGAGGAGCGGCGGCGUGGAGGAGGUGUUGGGAAAGGGCACCAAGCGGUGAUCGCGGGCGGCAGCAGCGCCGCCGGGUCAGCAUGGAAAGCGAAGGGAGCCGGAGCAUCCAUUCCGACAACGUCUCUGAGGUCCACGAAGUGCCCAUGCGGGUCAUCAUCAGACCCAUCCCGCCGGUGCUGGACGAAGGGAAAGUGGAAAGUCUCGUGAAGACCAUCCAGGAGGAACCUGACCGGGUCCCCCCGAUUGAUGUCCUCUGGAUCAAAGGCAGGGAAGGGGGGGGUUACUUCUACUCCUUCGGAGGCUGCCACCGUUAUGCGGCCUAUAAGCGCUUGAACAAGGAGACCAUCCCCGCUAAGAUCAUCCGGUCGAACCUCAGCGACCUGCGGACUUACCUGGGCUCUUCUGUCCCCGACUUGCGAUAGGUGGGGGCUUUCUCCUGCCUCCCCCACCUCCAUUUCUAGAACAUCCAUGGACCUUCUGAAUCUUGGCGAUGACCUGGACACAAGGAUCGGUCUUUGUCUCCUUUUGCCUGACCUUCAACCAUGAGGACUAGCAGUCUGAUUUUGUCCGUAGGGAGGCCCAGUUCAGGUGUUUCUCAACCACCUGAAGAUGGGUAUGGACUUCAACUGCCAGUCAAUGCAGCUUGGUCACUUGAAGGGAUCUGAACUUCAACUCCCAGAAUCCCCCAGCCAGCCAUUGUAAAAUCCAGAUGCCCUCCAGAUGGCGGCAGAGCGAUAAGGAUGUUCUGUAUAGCUUUGCUGUAACUCUUUGCCAUGGCUGACUGAGGAAUUCUGGGAAUUGAAGUCCACCCAUCUUCAAGUGGCCACAGCACAAGGCUGGCUAAGGAAUUCUGGGAGUUGAAGUCCACCCAUCUUCAAAUGGCCACAGCACAAGGCUGGCUAAGGAAUUCUGGGAGUUGAAGUCCACCCAUUUUCUUUUUCUUUCCUUUUUUAAAAUAUAUUUUUUAUUUAUAACACAACAUAACAAACACAUAACACAUAACAUACAUUUCCUUUCCUUUUUACAAAUGUUUUGUAGCGGUGAUCUUCUAAUAUUUACAUUUUCUCCCAAUUCCCCUUAUAAUAUUUAUAUCCUUCUCGUCCCAUUAUCCCUUAUUACUCUACAAGUCCUAUUUCUCAUAAUAUUAAAUUUAUACAUUUUAUACACUAUCUUACGUACAUCUUGCGCUUAUUGUUUCUCCCCUUUUAUCACUAUUCCUUUUUUCUAAUCUCCAGCCAUUUGUACCAUUUAUCCCAUAUUACAUAAUAUUCUGUAUCUUUCUUUCCUUUAAUUUCUUUCGUUACUUUGUCCAUCUCGGCACAAUCUAAGAUUUUCUUUAUCAGUUCGUCCUCUUUUGGUGUAUAUCCUUUUUUCCAUUUUUUUUUUCACCCAAGUCCAUCCAUUUUCAAAAGUGGGUAAAGUUUUUUUUUUAAUUUCAUUUUGUCACAACAGGAUACACAAACAUCAACAUAAGAAAAUCAACACAUUAUAAAAGAAAAAUAUAUAUAUAAGCAAAAGUAUGCAACAACCAUGUUAAAUUUGUUAUAAUGAAAGGGAACAAUAGGACAGGAACGGUAGGCACAUUUGGGCAACACUAGCCCAGCCUGUAAGAGCCCAGAACAAUGAAUGUCUGUUUAAUGCUUGGUUGUGAACAAUGGGCUAAGCUACGAUUUGGUGUUUUUUUUAAGAAAAGUUUUUUAUUUUAUAGACAAACAUACAUUUAAAAUAUCAGCAAUUCCUUCCGUGUGAUGUCUCGGUGUUUUCUUCCUGGCUCCAUCAUUUUAUUGUUUCUUCUUCCUUCACUUCAGUUUAAACUAUUACCAUUAUUACCUUUGAUGUAUUUUUUUCCCCUUUUUCUUUUAUGUACACUGGGAGCAUAUGCACCAAAACAAAUUCCUUGUGUGUCCAAUCACACUUGGCCAAUAAAAAAAAAUUCUAUUCUAUUCUAUUUUUCCACAAAUACAUUAUUAUCAUUUUCUUACAUAAUUAUCCAUUGCUUAUCUGUCCCUUUCUUCUAACCAAUGGUAAAAUUUAUCCCAUAUCUUAAAAUAUUCUGAAUCCUCUCUUUCUUUAAUCAUCAAAGUUAAAUCUGUUCAUUUCUGCCCAAUUUGGUAUUGUGUCUCACAAGUAAAUAGUUUUUACUUUUUUAAUAUAAAAUAUAUAUGCUACCCAUCUCGUAUCCAACGACUCUUAUCUAGUAUUCCUUGUGCGAUCAUGCUGGCUGGGGAAGAUGGGAGCUGUAAUCCUACCUGGUCAGAAAAGCCACAGAAUCAUCUAUUGUAAUGUCCUUCCUGUCAAAGACUACUUCAGCUUUAAUUGCAAUAAUACUAGAGCAACUAAUAGAUUUAAACUUAAUGUCAACCGCUUUAAUCUAGAUUGCAGAAAAUUUGACUUCUGUAACAGAAUCAUCAGUGCUUGGAAUACUUUACCUGACUCUGUGGUCUCUUCUCAUAAUCCUAAAAGCUUUAACCAAAAACUUUCUACUAUUGACCUCACCCCAUUCCUAAGAGGACCAUAAGGGGCCUGCAUAAGCGCACAAACGUGCCUACCGUUCCUGUCCUAUUGUUUUUCUUUUCUUCUUCCUAUAUAUAUAUAUGCUUAUACCUCCUAUAUUUACUCCUAUAUGUUUAUAUACUAUAUAAUCUUUUGUAUGAUUCCUACAUAUAUUGUUGUGACAAAAUAAAAUAAAUAAAUAAAAAUAAAUAUA